AUGGAGAAGUGCUGGUUUGUACUGCGCCAGACGCACUACCCUGCCCCCGAGUACAAGCAUGAGAGCAUGGCUUUCGGUGAGGCUGAGGGCCCUGUACGAUUGGGUCACUUCAUCCCGGGACCCAAGAAGAUUGACAAUGUGAUCAACACAGGCGGUGUAUUUCCAUUCCCACGCGACAUGCGUAUACUUCGUACUGAAAUCGCAGACUUUUGCUUCUCCAAUAGGACUGAAAAAGGCCUCGAACUGUCUGGCAAUGCUAGUGUGCCUAUUGCAUCUGCUAUUGGCAUGAGCAUCAAGGCUGAAGCAGGUGUGGCAUUCACACGCAUCAUGGGCAGCGAGUGGACCGUCGACCAUAUGGAAACAUACAUUGUACAACCGACGAUACAUUAUCUUGAACAGUGUCGGCAGUCAUCUGAGCUGAAAGCAUGGAUAGACAAGAACAAGACACUGGGUGCCUGGAAAAUUUAUAUGAUUAGCGGAUUGAUGGUUGCUCGUGGCGCAACGCGUGAGAGACAUUCAACUGCGAAAGCGCAACAGGGAGCUGGCCCUGGUCUUGAUGUACCAACCUCAGCGACAUUAGAGGUGACGACCAAAGUUAAAGACGAAAGAGAAGCCACAAUUACCGGCCAAUUCAAGACAGACUUUGUCUGGGCAUAUCGACUGAGCGAAGUGUCCACAGGAAUCUUCGAUUCCGACCUCUCCGUCAAGACUGUGAAACCGCGAGGAAAAUUGGGUUCAGUAAUGGCGCCUCGGCCAGACGAUGUGGAUAUCGUAUCUGUUCUAGCCCAAGAAGGCCUCCAGGAUGCACAAAUGUUUGAGAUUUGGAAUGGCACCGAACAGCAGUUCUUUGUCACAAUAGACGGACUUUGA